UCCUGUCACAAGAUUUUGGAAGAUGCAACAGUUUGCAUAAUGAUUCCUUGGUACAUAGUCAAACACUAUGCGCAUAAACAUUCCAAGUUUACAACAGGAACGGCCGUACUGCUUCUGUGUACCGUUGUGUUCUACAGCUAUGUCAAAGUGUUCCUGUUUAUGUGGGCCUUCAUCCUUGGUAUGGCCAUCUCCUACAUUCUCGUCAGCCCAACCACUCUUGUACCAAACCUUCUACCAAUGUACCGACGCAAGAAGAAAUCUUCUGUUCUCGACAAUGAGCUGACGCUACUGAAGUCAAUAUGUACAGUUUGUGGACAAAGGAGGUGUCCAAGACACAGACCUGAGUUAAAUAUUCUUGCAUUUCAACCGUGGACUAAUCUGGAGAUAAGACAGCGAGUUGAUCAGGCACUCGAUGAGUUCUUUAGUAUCGUGCUCAAAGACUUUGUCUACACUUGGUACAAAGAUUUGAGUACUGAUGAGGAGUUUGUUGAUGAACUGAGAACUAAUUUUCGCUUCCUUGCUGCUGUUUUUCUGAGAAGAGCUAAAAAGCUGGAUAUUCCAAGUCUGAUAACUCAGAAGCUGGUUAAAGCUACCAUUCAGCAUCUUGACUGCUGCAUCUGGGCAAAGAACAAAGCACCCCCUGGUACCGAUAUUCAGCAGGCUGUGUUCGACUACCUCGGCCCCAACGUCCACUGUGCCAUGUGGAGUCGUAAAGCAGAACUGGAAUAUCUACGCAGGGUCGUUGAACAGUUGUUUCCAUACCUGCUGAGGCCACAAGCUCUUCAUUCUAAAAGUUCUUGUUCACUGUUGCGAGAGAUUUUAUCCGGCUCACUGCUUUUACCUGCUAUGGAUGCUGUAGCAAACCCGGAUAUGAUAAACAACUUGAUUCUGAUAUUCUUGGAUAACACCCCGCCACCUGAGCCGACUGAACCUCCGUCUCCGAUGGUUCCAUUCCUAGGACAUUUCAGUCAACCGCUCAGUCACAACAAAUCGUGUCUGAGACUGGAACUGAAGGAUGUUAUUAACAAGGAUGCACCAGAACUUCUCUACCCGUUCAUGCAGUUCCUCAAAAGCGAAGCAGCCGUCAACGUGCUACAGUUCUGUCUCGCAUGUGAUGACUUUAACCAGCGGAUUUUGAGUCCAAACGUUUCCCAGAGUGAGUUUGUUGAGCUACACAACAUGGCCAAGGAGCUGUAUCGGAGUUACUGCGCUGAAACCGCACUUGACCGGAUCAAGUUUGAUGAACCUAUUGUCGCCGAGCUAAAAGACAUAAUAGAAUCACCGCCAGAUCAGAUAAUUCGACUCCGAACAUCUACUCCACUCUUCAAGGCUUACGAGCACGCCUAUGACUUGUUGGAGAACAACUUUCUGCCCUUAUUUCACCAGAGUGAUGACUAUUAUAAAAUGGUGUGUGGAGACCGACCCUUGGGACUUCUUACUCGACAAACUUCAAAUAAUGUGAUCGCUGCAAGAACUAUUCCAACAGUUAGACUGCCUAAAAAGAAAGAAUUUGCUUUUUCCAACCUGGGAAGCAAACUGAGAGAUGUUUUUAAGUCUACAGAUGAUAAGACUGGAUUAAGUCUGGAUGUGACAGAAGAUGACCUUCCAGCAUCUCUUGGUAUGGUGGGCAGUGUUGAUGAUGAGGACGAGGAUUUGGACGGAGACCCCAGCAGUCCAGUUCACAACCUCAGCACGUGGCGAGUCACCAUCCCAAUGAUCGGCGCCAGACCGGACCCGGAAAACAUCAAACGUCAGUUCUUCGUUUUCAUCAUAGAGGUCGACAGAGCAGACAUGUUGGAAGGUGAUGGUGACAAGUCCCACUGGACAGUUGCAAGGCGCUAUACAGAAUUCUACGUCCUCGAGCAAAAACUAACAGAAUUUCAUGGUGAUAUAUUAGACUGUCAGCUACCAUCAAAGAAAUCUUUUGGAACGAAGAACCAAGACUUCAUCGAGGGGAAAAAAGAAAUAUUUGAGCAGUAUUUACAGAAACUCCUGACCAAGCCACACUUGAAGGGAAGUCAGUUACUGUUCCGAUUCCUCACAUCACAGGAUGAGUUCACAACCAGCUUCCUGCCGGAUAUCAAUCUCGGUAAGAUAGUCAAGUCGAUGCCGAUGAAGCUAGUGAAAGAGAAAGGUCAGCAUCUGGAUCCAUUUCUACUAGCUUUCAUGACAUCCACUGAAGCUCCCAAACCCAGACCAGGAAGGAUGGAGAGAAGAGGAUCUGAUGCCUCUCAGAGGUCCACGUCCAGUGAAAUGAUGUCUACCACUAUAUAUGAAAACAAUGCUGGGUGUGGCUUUGGUGGGCCAGAAGCGAAGGUGGAAAUUUCAACAAACACAAGUGAAGUGGAAGGACCUUUCGACUCACUGGUUUAUGUUGCACGAUACGUGUACAAGAUCCCCGACUGGUUUCACCACAUCCUGAUGACGGUGAAGAUGAUUGCCAAGAUGACAGUGGAGAGUUAUCUCGAGUGGUAUCUCAGUCUCCGACUGCAACAAGUCACACAGGAACACAGGCUGGUAGCUCUCAUCCAGUUACUCAGAGAUAUUCUGUUCUUUGAUACAGAUCCACCAAGGACGGAUGAAGAGAAGAAAACACGCUAUGAGGAAGCUCUCCAGGGUUGCUUAGAUUACAUUCCAAAAGCGUUUGUGUCGGUGGUUGGGUCUGAAAAUCACCAAGUAGGAACUCGAUACCUUCUGAAUCUGCUGCAGCAGCCCAAACUAAACAAGCAGCUUUUCUACGUGUUGUUUGAUAUUGUGAUACAAGAACUGUUUCCAGAACUCCGUGAAACUGGAUCACCCAGUCCAUCUUGAUAAACCGGAUCAUCCAGGCUGUUUUCAUAAACUGGAUCACCAAGUCCAUCUUGAUAAACCGGAUCAUCCAGGCUGUUUUCAUAAACUGGAUCACCAAGUCCAUCUUGAUAAACCGGAUCAUCCAGGCUGUCUUCAUAAACUGGAUCACAAAGUCCAUCUUGAUAAACCGGAUCAUCCAGGCUGUUUUCAUAAACUGGAUCACCAAGUCCAUCUUGAUAAACCAGAUCAUCCAGGCUGUUUUCAUAAACUGGAUCACAGUCCAUCUUGAUAAACCAGAUCAUCCAGGCUUUUUCAUAAACUGGAUCACUCAAUCCAUCGUGAUAAACCGGAUCACCCAGUCCAUCUUGAUGAACCGGAUCAUCCAGGCUGUUUCCAUAAACUGGAUCACCCAGUCCAUCUUGAUAAACUGGAUCAUCCAGGCUGUUUUCAUAAACUGGAUCAGCCAGUCUGUAUUGAUAAACUGGAUCAGCCAGUCCGUAUUGAUAAACUGGAUCACCCAGUCCAUUUUCAUAAACUGGAUCAUCCAGGCUGUUUUCAUAAACUAGAUCACCCAGUCUGUUUUCAUAAAGUGGAUCACAAAGUCCAUCUUGAUAAAUUGGCUCAGCCAGUCCAUCUUGAUACACCAUAUCAUCCAAUCUGUAUUGAUAAACCGGAUCAGCCGGUCUGUUUUAAGAAAGAGAUACACUGGAUCGACCAGUCUGUAUUGAUAACACUUGUGAUAUAGAAUUGUUACGCCUUGGUCAUCAGGUCCCUUACACAAAGUGUUCAUUGUGUUCAUUCAUUGUAAACGAUGUUUUAACUGUUCCAUAAUUUGACAUUAACUGUUUUCAUUUGAAUGUUAUGGUACAGAAAUACAUGAUUGUACAAUUUGAUUUUUUCUUAGAUCCUCCUCCUUUUUUCUUUUACAUUUCCAUUCAUCUUUUUGGUAUUCAUCAUUUUCCUCUUAUUUCGACGUCAUUAUUCCACUAUUCAACUUCUGUCCUCACAUGUCAGUCUCUGCCUACACAACUGUUGCUUGUCGCCUGUAACAUGUUAUUUUGUUACAAGGCACUAACGGUCAUUUGUUAUGCUCCUCUUCUAUCAACAAUCAUUAGUUAGUGCCAUAGGAUAGGCAUGUUUUAUUAACAGUAGAGGACUGGGAAGCCAGGUGUUUGUAGUGAAUCACACAAGAGACCGGUUGAGUGGAGGGAGUUCACAGGAUGGAACAGCUGAUGUUGGUGAUGGACGGAAUAGUUAACCGUUAACUUCUUACCUCUGCAGAAUAGACACAGAACUACUUAUAAAGCUGCGGUCUCACCUCACUAUAUUAUAACAUCAUUUGUCAAUGCAAAGUAAAAACACAACUACAGUUUUUCUAAACACCCAUGUCAUAAAAUCAUUUGGUAAUGUAAAAUACCAACAGCUAUUGUUUUAAUAAACUCACAGUCUUGUCUGUCACUGGCCCCGGUGGGACUGCCGGUGCUCCCUUGCACCUGCCAGUGCAGGCAGUCCCCUCUCCAACCCACCCCAACUUUCCUGUCCUGAACGGAGGAGCCGGCCGAGGCUGGCACCUGUGCCUAGGACAGGCGUUUGCUACAACAAUCGAUGUGCUCUAGUGGUGUUGUUAAACACAACUUACCAGCUGCAUGUAGUCAUAAAGCUACAAUCUUGUUGACGUAUUAUAACAACAUUUAUUAAUGAAAUAUAACUAGUUUAACAGCCCUUAUGUAAUUGAUAUGGUGUAAUACAAUAGUGCUCUACUUCUUGUGUUAAAAUAAACAAUACGGUAUAUAUUUUUGUUCGAUAUGUAUUGGCAACUAUGGCCCAGAGUAUCGAAGAUUGACACAACUAUGGCCAAGAGUAUCGAAGAUUGACGCGACUAUGGCCAAGAGUAUCGAAGAUUGACGCGACUAUGGCCCAGAGUAUCGAAGAUUGAUGCGACUAUGGCCAAGAGUAUCGAAGAUUGACGCGACUAUGGCCAAGAGUAUCGAAGAUUGGCGCGACUAUGGCCAAGAGCAUCGAAGAUUGACGCGACUAUGGCCAAGA